AUGCAAUUCACAUAUUCUACAUGGUAUCAGUUUCUGGGUUCUAAUCCUAGCCUUCCGCCGCCGCGCGCCUCCUUCGCGCCGCCGCCACCGUUCGCGCGCUCCCCCGCGUCGGCCGCUGCUUCUCCGUGCCGCUCGCAAACCUGCCGCCUGCGUCCAGAUCUUCUGCACGAUCUCCUGCUGCCGCUGUCCUCGCCUCCGCUGCCGCUGCGAUCGGUUUGUGGCCGCCCUGCCGUGCCGCGCGCUUCCCCAGCCUGCACGCCGCCAGCCCGCUUCGCCUCCCAGCCGCGUGCCCGCACGUCGGCCGCCCGCUUCGCCUCCCGGCCGCGUGCCCGCUUCGCCUGCUUCUCCCGGUCCCGCCAACAGCCGCUCGCUAGCCGCCGCCUGCCCGCUUCGCCAAAUCCGAUCGCUAGCCGCGCCCGAUUCCAUGCAGUACAUGCAACGGAGCAGCUAGGACCUAGCCGGCGUCGCACCAAUCAACCACAUCAGCACAGCCGCACGGAAAACUCCUCCGCACGGGUGCGUGAUCCCACACGAGCGGCCGCCUCCUUAGGCCCCGAUGGCGUUCGACCCAUCCGCCGCCGCCUCUGCCGUCCCGUCGACGGCGCCCUCUGGCGCGGCUCUGCAGCCGACGUACUACGGCGCGGCCUCGCCACCGCCAGCAUCUCCGGUCAGUCCCGCUACGGGCUCUCUGGCGCGGCUCCGCAACCGCCGGCGCUCUCCGGCCAGUUCCGCUAUGGGCCCUCUGGCGCGGCUCCGCUGCCGGCGUCCUGCGGCGCGGCCCUGUUACUGUCGGCGCUCUCCGGCCAGUCCGUCGUCGCCCCGCCGCCGGCGCCGCCUCUGCCCGUCGACCCCUUGCUGUUGUGCGGGGCGUUCGACGCGCCCGUUUCCACGUACGGGAAUCAUACGUACGGGGCUCCGUCCGUGUACGUGUUUCUCGGGUACUGGUUGGGGUUAUCAGCGGGCCAGCAGGGUUUUUCGGCGGGCCAUCCGGCCUACCUGGCACCGCAGUCGCAGCCGGGGCUGCCACCCAUUCCGUAUGGAGAGUAUCCACCGCCGCAACCGAGCGGCGGCUACGGCCUCCCCAUGGCGUCUCCGUCCCCCUCGCCGGCCUUACCGUCGGCGCCCUGGGACCCGGUGCUCCUCCCCGCACUGCAUGCCGCUCCUACGCCGAAUAACUACACUGGAGGUGAUUGGUACAUGGACACCGGGGCUACGGCUCACAUGUUUGCUCAUCCUGGUAACUUUGCCUUCUUCACUCCUGUCUCCACCGACCGCCGCAUCAUUGUCGGCGACGGUUCCACACUUCCUAUCACACACAUUGGGCACACUUCUUUUCCUUCUAGUUCUACUCCAUUAUCUUUGUCUAACAUACUUGUGUCACCUCAUCUUAUUAAGAAUCUCAUUUCUGUUCGUUGUUUCACUUGUGAAAAUCCUGUUACCGUUGAAUUUGACGAGCUUGGUGUUUGUGUCAAAGACGCUCGAACCCGGAUGUUUGGGCGUCCCAUCCUUGCGCUUCAGACGGACAAUGGAAAAGAGUUCGACAACCUUGCUUUCCGCACCUUUUUGUCGCAUCACGGUACAGUUUUCCGCCUCACAUGCCUGUACCCCGACUGUUCCUCCCGCCACCGGUGA